AGGACCCGUUGCCGGAAUGGCAUUACACGGAGGCUGUGAUUUACGAUCUAGGCUUUUCUGCCGCCGGUUCAGGUUCAGCAUCUUUUCUUGACAUAGGUAGGAUGCGCUCCGGAUAAAUUGGAAUAGGCUGAUAUAUCGUCCGGUCUUUCUUUAAAGCCACGAAAUCAAGCUCCUAAUCUGAAAAAGACAUGUAUUGUAUUUGAUCGCAGAAAAAUAGAAAAAUUCUACUCUUAGUACCACCGGCUAGUAUUCAAUGGAUCGAGAAGCGUUCAUUUUGCUGGUAGAUGUUACAGUAAUUGUGAUCCUUUUUUUCAUCUUAUUGAUUAUUGUGCAAUCCUGUGUAAAUACCAAGAUCUUCUCGGAAUCUUUACCCGGAGCCAUCUCCGGAGCUCUUUGUUUCGCGAAGAACCGCAGCGGCGUCGCAGGUACGGCUUCACCUAUGGAUGCUGCACCAGAGAAGAAUGCCACUGCUCAUCGUGCUGCGACGACGCAUCAGUCAGAGGUGUUGACAAGGAACAAUGAUAUUGGUAUUGCUGUAACGUCGAAAGGCUCAACAGCUUCUCGACGAGGCGUUAGCGCUGGUUCAUCUUCGUUCACAAAAAAAUACAAUAGUCCGCCCGUGUCAGGUCGAAAUAACUGCAACAAGAUAAAAAUUGCUCCAGAAGAGGGUGAAGCUGUUGCAGUUGUGGUUAGCACUAUUACUUAGAGGCCUUUGCUGCGUUUAUUUUUGUCUUGCUCAUCGCUAGGGUUUGGUGUACAGUUCUGGUUUUAUCUCGGAAGAAAGAACGUAGACCUUAUUUCUCCACACGCCUCAUCCUGGUCAUAAAGUUCAAGUACUUAGUUUUAAUAUUUUCUACUGCUAAGAAAGCACCAUGAGUUCCGCCUCCGAAGACGAUGAGUCUGCCCUUUUCGGGAGCGCCCCGGCCAACAGUUCCUCACCCGCCGAGGAUGUAGUUGACCCUGCGAAGCAAGAGGCGCAGAAGAGAAAAAGCACCGGUUCAUCAUCCGCACGGGCCCGCCAAGAAAACGAAAAGAAGCAGAACAGUAUGAAGAAAAGCGGGGACCAGGUUCAUUUGCAGGGUGCUAGCAGCAGCUCAACCGGAACGGGUGGGGAGCAGCAUCAAUCCGGCGCUGCUCCAGCACGAGGGGUAGAUGUUGGAACUACAAAUGUUAAUGCAGAUCAUAAAGCGCAGUUCCAGCAGCAAGCGGCAGAAAAACUUCUGUGGCUCGACGGCGAAGAAUAUAACAGCGAGGACGAUUACGAUAGCGAAAUUUUGAUGUUGACUCAGAAGGCCGCCGAAAAGCUAAUACGGACAAUGCGUGAUACAAGGCUUCUAUUUCUGUAGUUUGUUAAAGUAUACGUAGUACGUCUAAGUAGAGGGGGCCGCUAAGCCUUUGCCUCCCUCUUUGCAUCAGUAGGUACGAAGGAGCGACUUAUUUGAGGCGAUUGCGAACGCGAAAAAUCUGGUUGUUUUGUCAAUUCUGAACGUGAAGACCAUGAACUGGUGCGCAGUUCAUCAUCUUUUUCUCACAAAGCACGACGAAGAGACGCCCUGUCCCUAGCUUGCGCGCCCUUUCGAAAAUUCUCAGUCGACUCAAAAUUUCGCUGGGAUAAGGAUGAAACGUACGAGGACGAUAGUUCCGAGGAGGACUCAGAGGCCGGCGCUUUCCGUACUAUAUUCUGAUUGUACCUGCUCCUACGGAGUCACAAAUUAGGAUUUUUGAUGGCCGAACCAUGAUUUGUGUUUGUCAUGAUGAAAACGAACAUGUACGAAUUUGAAUCAGCAAGAGUAGAAAUGCAAAUGUGGUGCUUCAUAUCCAGAUGCAUACAUUUUGCCAGCAUGGCCAGCUGUUUUUUUGCAGCCUGUCGCGAAAAAAAAUUACUCUGGCCAAGAGGGGGGCUUGUGUGAACGAUGAAUAAAUGCUUCACAACCGAGAUAAAGUUUGUUAUCACAACUACAGACGUGCCUGCGGACGACGGCAGCGGCGCGCCCCCGCUUCCCGGCACUACGAACGGAGCAGGUGUCGAUAUGUGCAACCUUAGAGGGGCCGAGCGCUCCGACGGGGGCCAUAUUCAGUCGCGCAUCCCUCCGCGGUGGAUUCAAACAACAGGGGCGCCGCGGCCGCCUAUCUGGAAGAAGGCCAGCUGUUUGCGGAAAGAGUGGCCCUGCGCCCGCGCGACGCAGUCCCCAUGCGGUCGGGCGCCUGGAAAAGGGGCAGCCUUUGGCCUUCCUUGCCGUGCGCUUCGCGUUUUCGCUUCUUCCUGUGGACACUGGCCAAGCUUGCGCGGUCUCUACCAGGGCAGGAAGCGGGCCUUCUUGCACCCACCACCAGAAGGCCGGCCCGGGCGUCACCUGUUGCGAUCUGCUCCCCUGACAGGGCAAAUCCGGAAGCCCGAUGUUGGAGAUUUGGCCCCCUCCAAACGCCGUCACGGAUGGCCGCGAUUUUUGUGAAUACCAAAGUCAAACCCCAUCUGAAAUUGGUAUUCACUGCAAAUCGCGACUUUGGUAUUCAGCGCCAAUUGACCCCCCUCUCUUGGGGACAAUCUUGCACAGCUGAAUACCAAAGCCAUACGGAAAACAUGCGUCCGAGACCCCCACCGCCUGUGAAUGUUACUCCGCGACCACAGAUAUUGCUUCCCGCUCAAAAAUGCAGCGACGCAUUGCCGUGGGCGGAGGCUGCAGCGCAUGUCUAGACCGCCUCUUUUCAGCUGCGCAGCUGCUGGGUGAGGUGCAGGUGGGGCGGCCCGACAAUCAGGCAACCAGGUACCGCCCCGCAGGGUGUUCCGGUCUCGUCGGCACUAAAUUCGCCGGAGGCACAGGACCCUCGUGCCGGCGGCGCGGCCAAGCCGAUAACAGCUGACAAGGACAAGCCGGGAGGCGCCUGUCACCCAUAAAAAAAGCCUCAAGCCAGGCGCUUGCCAUUUUCGGCUACCUACCGCCGCCACACGCCCGCGCCAAUCCUUGCGUUGCCGGUCGUCACCGUGUGGCGGGCCUUGCAAAUAGUACGGGGCUCAUUGCGGCGCCCGGGGGCAUUAGGUGGGAGGCGGACGGACAGGCUCCGCAGGCCGAGGCGUCUGCACGGGUGAACUGGGUGGGGGAAACAUUUUUUGCGAUUUUCGAAUACGAAUACCAAUUUUCCCGCUAUAACUACAGACGUGCCUGCGGACGACGGCAGCGGCGCGCCCCCGCUUCCCGGUACUACGAACGGCGCAGGUGUCGAUAUCCAAGAAAGCAACACCAUCGCAUCACAUUCUUGCAAGUACAAGUAGUUUUGCAUCAGAGAUAAUUUGUCGUGCGUAACAAGAAAAUUUUCCUGUACUAUUGCAGAAAGGAAACCCUCCAGAAACACUAGAGAAAUCACGGAUGUUGCAAAGAGAAGAUUGUCUACGAUGCGUAUCUAUGCCUUUCACAUGGGAAAAAUUUUGUGUAGGGCAAAAAUGCGCAAGAAUGAUUGUGUGGGUGGUGUUUUUUGCUUGAAUAGUCCUCGACCAGGAGCGAGACCCCGAGGACGUGCUUUUCCGACGUCACGACGCUUCCUCUCCUUACGAGCGCGCGAAGGCAGAAUGGCACCGGAGAGAGGAAAUGGGCAUGGGCGCGCGGCCGUUGCUGCACUACGCGGUCUUUGCGGCCAAAAAUCUAGAGGACUUCCGGGAAAAGACCAAGUUUUUGCAGCAUUUGGACGAAGACGCUUUGUCGACCGUGCUCGCCCACCAAGACCCACUGAACAGAACCGCCCUGCACUGCGCCUGCAUCGCUGGCAAACCCGAAUUCGUAUUGCUGCGCAUUUUUUCAACACGCACGUUUUCUUGAUUUUGACACUGCGAUAUUGGAUGAACUGAGAAACAUAUAAACUGACGCGUUCAAGAAAUUAGGUUUCUUUAUUCUGAGCAGAAUAAAAAACCUCAAUCCGAGUCCCAGCUCGACAGAAUCUGAAUCAAAGGCACAGCUGCUGCACCACGCGGACAAGCUGUAACCGCAAUGUGUAUUUUCAACCGAGGCAUACUGCCUGCUGGUGGUCGUGCGCAAGAAAUCAGUACAUGAGAAGUCUCAAUCUUUGUCGUGCGAUUCUUCAGGUUGCGCUAAUAUAUCACUACGAAUACAACAAAAGAAAAGGGAAAAGCGUAAAACACGACUCCCUGCUCUGUCUAUUUCUCACCAGGUCAAGGCCAUUCUGUGGGACCUCGCUCCGAAUAAUAGCACGCGGGAAAAACUUCUGAGCCAGCGGUUUUUUACCCGUUCUCUGUUUUCAGUGUGUUUUGCCCCAGUGCCUCUCUGACAUUCUCCGCCCGGCCCUCUUUCUGGCGGCGGCGCUUUCGUUCUGCUUGGAGCCUCACGCGCCGUUUGAGUGCGGCGAGCCGCGAUGCGUUGACGGCCAGCCAAAGGUCUUGGAUUUGCAUCCGAGCAACCAUGAGGGCAAGUGCCGGCCUCCCGGGAAAUAGCCUCUGGGGGUCGUCCUUGGGGGUUCAAGAAUGGGGUAUCCGACAUUUUGCUCCGAUGCAUUUUUCUCCAUCGUGAUUCGCUUCAGAAAAAAACGCAUCGGAGCAGUUUUUGUCGAGGUUCUUGUUAGAUGUAUUGGACAACAUUGGAUCUCGUUGAAUCUGCUCUGAUGGAGACAGGGAUGUGUUUUUCGGAUCGAAGCCCUGGGCCUUGAGUGCCUUUGGACCGCUAACGAACCUGAAGAGGUCCAUCAGGAGGGCAACCCACGCGAGCUGGGGGGCAUUGCUCUCAGCUUUGGUGACGAAAUCGAGGAAAACAAUUCAGAGAUCCCUGAUCCGGAAAACGCAUCCGUGUCUCCAUCCGAGCAAAGUGCAUCACCAGCAAACUUGCUCCGCUACGGUUUUCUUUUACGGAGGCACGGGUGUGCUUUUCGGAUCAGAGAUUCGAGCAAGCAAAGUAGCGAACUUGCUCCAGUGCCUUCUUUACUGCUUCGCUCUUUGUAAGACGGCUUGGUCUCUCUCCAAAUGCAUCAGAGCAACCUCGUGUCUGAUUAUAGUGCGCGCGCCAAUGUCUUCAGGGCGGGUAGGUUUUUCGCACUGUGUGGACCUGAUGCGGAGAGGCGGGGAAUUGCAUCGGAGCAAACUUCCAAAAACCUGCUGCAACAACCCCUUCCGAGGCCCUUUUCGUGCUUAUCAGCCCAAGCAGGUCAAAUUGUCUUCGAGCUCCCACAUUUUGCGCAGAUGCUGGCGCGGAUGAAAAUUUUACACCUUUAACACCAGGUCAAGGCCAUUCUGUGGGAUCUCGCCCCGAACAAUAGCACGCGGGAAAAACUUAUCAAAGAAAAAAAGUUCGUCACGGUCACUCAUGCGCAUUGAUUUUCGCAAUACAAAACUUUCUGUCAUGCGUAAAAAUGCAUCACAGCCACACUUCAUAAGGGAUUUCCCUAACGUUUCUGCAAUACAGAGGAACGCUGUGAUGCUAAAAAAAUUUGUAAUGCAAAGCCUGCAAGUUAAUGACUGUGACAAACUUUUUUCUCUCCAUAAAACUUCUGAGCCAGCGGUUUUUCACCCGUUCUACCGAUCCAGGAGUCGAGAAGGGGGUUCCGGUAUUACAUUUGCACUUAAACUAUGUUGAAUUUAUUUCUUUGGUUUUGCAUCUUCAUGCACUAUUGCCACAAGCACAUCAUCCUGGUCAGUCACCAAAUCAAUGUGGUGAGCAACUGCUUUUACUUUUGUAUGCAAAAAUGAUCCCAUGGAAUGAUUUUUUUCGCCGAAGGACUACUUUCUUAAUUUCUUGUAAUUAUUUACGACAAAAACAACAACCACCGACAACAUCUUCUAUCAGCUGCUCCACAUGGCUCUCUCUACGGCGGGCUUCAAAGAGUACGAAGACGCCGCCAUCGAGAUCGUGAAGCACUUGCUCCGGGCCGCCGCAGAGGUCGACGCGUACACGAUCGACCAGCGAAAGCAGUGGGCGGAAACGCAGAAACUGGAGACCGAGGCGGAAAAGGUACUAUGUCAACAUGAUGGCGGAGACAACUUUUGCUUCAUCGUUCUUGUGAGCACGAGUGAUAAGUAGUUACAGAUCGGAAGACCGUAGACCGGGAAGACGAAGAAAGCAGGAUUUUUAGUUCUUGCAUCAAUUUGAGGUACUAGUUCUGCAGCGAGCUAAAAGAAGCAAAAACAAAAUUUUCGUCUUCUCAUUGGUAAAAUCACAGGCCGCCGUGGAGAGCCUUGUUCAACACCAGCACUCGGGCUCUGGAACCUCGGGAGGGACAGCAGCUCCGAGGCGAAACACUUCAGAAAACAAAAAAGCGAACAAAGCCAGCACCGAGGACAUCGUCACCACAGGCGGCGCCGACUUGGUCAACAGUACAACUAGCUCCUCGGGUGACAAGAAGAACAAACAAAGUGGCGCGCCGCUGCCGCAACUUUCAACUACUGAGAAGAUGAUGGCUGUGAAAAAAUCCAAUCCCUCUACUGCAAGUAGUAUGAAAAGCAAGAAAGAACAAAUCGUGGCUAUUAACGAGGACACCGACGGAAAUGUCGUUGAGGUGGCGGAGGUGGACGAAGACAUGCUCAGCGGCAGCGACGCCGGGGAAGAACUCUUUUACGAGGACGAGCACCCGUGCCGACCGGACAUUCUGUUCGCCGUGGACGCGCAGCGGCAGACGGCGCUGCAUCUGGCCUGCGACAUUGGCAGCGCCAAGGCGGUCAAGCUCCUGCUACGCGAGGGCCUGGACCCGCUGGACUGCGACAAGGCAAACUUAUCACACGCAAAAAAGUGAUGUUACAGUUCUGUGCACAUUUGAUGAUGUUCUAACUUCAGCAACACAAACUUACUUGUUUCUCUGCAUCACAAAGAAUAUAAAAGUUGGGACACGACUUUUGCAGUAAAGAAGAUCCGAAGGACAUCAACAAACACGUGUGUUGCAACGAGGGUCGGCCACCCGAGGAGCCUGUCCGAUCGAUGACAGACCUUGUCUAUAUAUAAUCUCGCUUGGUGGUCUGCUUUCUGCAUGACCACAAAAAUGCGUCACUACAACACCUACACUUUUUUUUCGUGGGAUACAGCUGCAUGCCUAUCCACUACGCGAUCGACCGGCAGUGUGUAGAAACGUUUGACACGAUCGCGUAUGGAUUGCAAAUAUGUCUGGGUCUGGAAGAGUCGGGGCUUGUCAUGCACAUUUUGCAUGACCCGUGAGGUCUGUGAUGCUGGUGCUAGCAUCACAGAUUUUUUGAGAGUUUCUUGAUGCUAAUUACGCAUGAGAAAUACCCUCUCCGCGUGCCAAGAAGUGACUCCUCUUGCUGCUCAUGCAACACAGAUACUUUUAGAAUCCGCAGUAGACAGCAUUACAAGUUGCACUCUUCCAGACCUCCAGGGAUAUUUGCAAUCCAUACCGCGUCCGUCACCCCCCUGGAGUACAUCGACAUGUACAAGAUGCCGAAGGGGUUCGGAGCCAUUUUUGAGGAGUACAAGAAGCAGGGAACAAGGAACGACAUCAACAAAACAGCGCCUGGGGUAGUUCUUGGCGCUGGCGGCGCAGCGACUUCAUCUCGGAGUCAGAAGAUCGACCAGACAGCAAAGAGUAGGAAUGUAGAUGGAAGUCCAGAUCAUGAGGAAAAAAUACCAACUGACGCCGAUGAAAAUAACGAAAAGGAAACGAAGACAAAAAAGAAACCUUCGGAGAAAAAGGAGAAUAAAACAUCUACCCUUAACAACGGUAGUACGACAACUGCGAAAAUAAUAUCCGCGGCCACUAGUAAUAAAUCCAGUGGAGGUCAUGUCGAUGUUGGAAGUAGAGCACAUAUUAACUCGGGCCGCGACCAAGGAGUACAACUAGAUCAGGACGUAGAGACCGCACAGGCCGUGGCCGGCCAGGAGAACAAGAAAACCAAAACGUCGCCAAAGAAAAACAACUCGUCCAGCAAGAAAAGGACUUCGUCCUUGGCCGAAAUUCUCGGGAGAACAACGCAGGAAAACAAAAUUCAGUCGACAGCAAAUGAUGAAAACAAAGAUGACAACAUCAAGAGGACAACUGCUGGUGCAACAACAUCGCCCGCUCGAGCAACAAGUGGAAGGGCAGAUGAUCUUUAUCAGGGGGUGUUGAAACCCAGCAAUUCCCUUGUUGUGCAGGAAGAUGAAGGUGACAGUGAAGACAAUGACAAGCUGAACACUUUUCAAAAAACAAGCGGUAGUGCUGUAAACGGUGCUAAGCGUCCCCCGGCACUGCACCUUCCGGCGCCGACCAGCGGGAAGAGCAUCAAAAGCGGGGUCGCUAAAAGUAGCUCGUCCAGCCCCGAUGGCUCAGAGGAGGACGAGGACGGUAUCAAAAUGAAAAAUCCCCCCUCCACCCCGUAUAGUAUUCAAAACGAAGCUUCUGAUGCAGGAGGUGGAGUCAUUUGCGUUUAUACAAAUUACCGGUGUCUUGCAGUGAGAGACAGACUGUGGUCAGAUUCUCACGCUCGCCAGGGGCGUUUGGGUCCUCUCGGUGAUUAGCAUGGCAAACGACUGCCCUGGUUUGCGCCCAGCAGUCGAGGAUGACAAGUCGCCUCUACAUUGGGGCGGAAGCCUCUACUGCACUCGUCUUCUUGCAAGACCAAGCUGAUUUGUGGUCACAGAUUUAUUGCAUCGCGAGUUUGAUAUUUUCGCUUGAGCAUGCGGGAAGAUGAGAGGGGGUUUUUCCUUAGGAUAAAAGAAGAUGGCGUGUCCUUCGAUAUAGACGAAGAGGACGUGGAGAUGGUCGACGUGACGAGGCGUAGACACCAGAACAAAAACGAGUUUUCGGACGGAGAAAAUCACGCAGACAGCGACAACGACUCCGGGAGUGAAGAUGAGUCCGAUUCGGGCGACUACUCGGAUGAGGAGUCCUCGUCUUCGGUCCGCAAUGCCGUGUUCAGCAAAUCGCUCUCGCCCGACCAUACUAGCUCCGGCGCCGGAGGGGGCGGAAUGUUGAACCUGCUGCAACGGCGGUCCCCCGUCCACCCGGCCUUCCGCUGUGUGGACCGGUCCAACUGGCGCUUCCUGAAGCUGAUCAAGGCCUACCGAGGGAUCCCCGAGGAAAUUGCGUUAUCCAGGAAAAAAACUGCGUGAGUGUUAUAACUGUGAUGUACGGAAGAGGAAGAGCAGCAUCACAAAUUCGUCUGGCAUUUAUACGGAAAAAACGGCCUCUCGUGCGCAGCUAGUAUGUUGUAAAAGCACCUAUCAAGUUGUGUUGCUUUGAGAUUGACGCAUGUAUUCCAGCUUGACAAUUGCAUUAACUGUUUUGCAUUUUCUGCAUCACAGACUCACACUUACACACUUUUUUUUUGCAUAUGCGUUCGUGCUGAAGCACUACGCCGACGUCACGUUUGACAAUCGAAAAAAAGUUGAAGAAGCCUUGAACGACGAGACGGUGCAGGAGCUGCCUCACGACAUAUGCAUUGAACAAAAGUACUACCGUACUAGCACUAGCUACUAGGGGAAAUCGCAUAUACAAAUUCGGUCAGCAUGAGAAUCGGAAGUUGUGAUGCGGAAAUACGCUUGAGACACAGGUUUGUAAUGCAUGAUUGCAAACUUAAAGUUAAUAAACUAUAGCUAGUUUUUAUAGUUCUAGUACGAGUGCGCUACUUUUGUGAUGCAUACGAAAAACUCUUCGACCACUUUCGCAACGUCGUAGGGAAAGACUUCUGGGAAGAACUUAUCGCAUGAGUAAAAGCCUCCCCACGAAAACCCCAGAGUUGUCAUGCGAAUCUGCAUGCCUAAAAUGUUUGUUUCUCAUGUGGAGGCGCCACGUUGAGAAUGAGGAGCCACGUUUCGAAUGCUAUUGCUAUCUGGGAAUGCUAAAAGUAGAAUCACAAUAAGAUGGCCGAUAAUUAGGUGUGCCGCAGCUGCGCUAGUAGUUGUUGAACAGUACUUAUUUUUACACUGCGAACGCAACCGACAACUUUUCAUGCGCAACAGGCAAAGCUUGUUGGUUUGUGUACUAGCAAAGGGACCACGACUUCUCCGGGGUGGAGGAGAUGUUUUUGCACAGGAUAGAAGUGUGUCUGCGCAGCGAGGGAGACGUUGUUGCAGACUCGGACAGCGACGUGGACAUGGUUGACGGUCGUGAGAACCAUAAGAGCGGGCUGAACAACAUAAGGAGCAACAAUAGAAUCAAAACGAAAGAACAUCAGCAGGACGACAGGCCGACUGCCUCUUCCAGCUCUGCUGCUGGCCAGAUAAUAUACGGUGCGCGGCAAAUCUUUAAUCCCGAAAGCGUCAGGGCCGCGAAAGCCAGUCUCGCCGCGAAAAAGGCUGCGCACAAUGCCGGCGGCAAUUCGAGCAACACCAACGCGUCGACGAACCCGGAUCUGGCACAGGUUCCAAGUCCUGAGAAGGUAGCUAAUAUAAUCGGAGGAGGGGUUGAUGCAGCUCUACCUCUAGGAGGUGGGGCGGCACCUAGUACGGAACAACAAAUGAAUCAUGUAGAACUACAAGGUGGCCAGCAAAAUAUGAAAACCGAUGGUUGUCCUUCAUCUACCUCUUCCUGGGAGGAACAGCCUCCAGCGAAGAUGACCGCACGAAGCAGAAAUGAAUUGUUUAUCGACCGGCAGCUGCACCUCGCGCACAAGGACGAGGCGCAAGCGCCCAACCGCACGUGGGUGGUGACGCACGAGCACUGCUACGGCCACGGCCAGAUUCCGGGCGAGGACGAGGCCUUCCCCGAGAACGGGUACUUCGACUGCGACGACCCCGGGCUGCGCGCCAAGGUGAUCGGGCGCGUGAUGGAGAACCCGCACCGGUUGGAGGUGCUGUGCGCGCCGGAGCCGAAGGGGUGUCUGCGGUCCAGCGAAUUCAAGGAGAAUUUGGUGGCCAUGAAGGAGGACAGCCGGGACUGCCCAAGGGUCGACAUGCUCCGCUGCCACGACGAUUACUACCUGCAAAAUUUGGAGACUACCGUGCAGCGGUGCGUCGCGAAGCCCGACAUGAUGGAGCGGCAGUUUUUCGCGCGCCACGGGAACGACCCCAGGUUGAAGGAGUACAUCUCCCAGUUUCGCGAGUCCCAGAAGCGACGAACCGCCGGCGACGUUUUGACGCUGGACAAGGGGGACACGAAGGUGACGCAAUUCAGCUACCAGGCGGCGCGCAAGGCCGCGGGGUGCGUGCUCGAGGCCGUGGACCUGAUCAUGUCGGGGAAGGCCGACAACGCGUUCUGCGCGGUGCGGCCCCCGGGGCACCACAUGGGCCCGCGCGGCGCCGUGGACGCCAGCGACUUGGCCGACGAUCCGGAGGGGAGUCAGGGGUUCUGUCUGCUCAACAACGUGGCCAUCGGGGCCGCCUACGCCCGGUGCUGCUACCGCCAGGACGUGAAGCGCGUCGCCAUCGUCGACUUCGACGUGCACCAUGGGAAUGGGACGGAGGCAGUGGUAUCUACUAGAGCUGAUAGUCGUUUUUUCUGUAUGUAUGAUCAUGAUGAUAAUCAGUGAAUUAUAAGAUCAUUGUUUAGAAGGGUUUACGGUGUUUGUUUGUUUCAUUUCUUCGAAGCGCUAUAGAAGCACUGACUCGCAACGGCGGACGAGUACUCACUGUUGUUCUGGAGGAUGCUGAAACUAGAUUGGGCGUAAAAAAAAACAUCGAGGCUCUACUUCACGUUCAUCGUUAUCGUAGUUUUCGACGGCAGCUCUCGAAAUAGUUGGAAGUAUUCCAGCCUAUCAUCAUGACCGUCCCGCCACGUUAUAUGUAGUGAGGUCAUAUAAAUAUAUCAGUUGUCGGUGAACAAGUAGUUCUAUCCCCCAAAAAAUCUUCACACAGGUCCGCAACAUCUGUCCCACCGGGCGGCGCGAGGCCUCGAAGUAUUCCCGCGUGAGCACGCACUUCGGGGAGCAGAUCACCCUGCACAGCAAGCCGCCCCGGUCCUCGAAGCCCUGGCUGGAUCCGCAGUCCGAUGCGAACGAGGUGUUCUUCGCCUCCAUCCACGGCUUCGGCGGGGGCUUUUACCCGGGCACCGGCGAAACCGCGCACACCCGGCCGUCGCUGGAUAGCCCCGAGGUGGUCAACAUCGGGGUGCACGUCGCCCGGGACUCGACCCCCGGCGCGAACUCCACCACGUUCCGGGCAAACUGUGUCGAAAAGCUAUUCCCGAAGCUGCGCCAGUUCCGCCCAGACAUGCUGUUUAUCAGGUAUAAGGAAGAUUAAGAUGAAGAUUUACAAUUACAAGGCCGCAGUAUGUGCUUCAGUUUAUUUUUGAUUCAGAACUUUUGAUUUCAUUGCUUUUCUCCUGUGUCGAAAUAAAAAAUGUCAUCCCGAAGACGUACCGUCCUCCUGCCCGUGCAUAAAAAGAUGCCUCUCGACGUGUUGACGAUGUCGGAGAUCAUCCUGCACAGGGUCGUGCGAGAUUCAUUUUCGCAUGAGAAAGAAUAUUCCACUUCGGAGAUGAACCUGAACCAAAGAAACGAAUUGAAAAAUUCUACUCAGUGCCGGUUUUGACGGGCACCGGGAGGACCUGAUCGGGCAGUGCAAUUACCGCUACGAAGACUUCACCUGGGUCACCGAACAGCUGAUGUGCAUCGCAAAUUCCUGCAGCAAGGGCCGCGUUGUCUCCGUGUUAGAGGGGGGCUAUAACACCAGGGCAGGUAAGUGCUACUACGUUCUUGCACCACCGGAAAAUUCUUCUUUGUUUCAUCCACUUGGGAGGCUUGAAGUUUUGCGUGCCAUGGUUACUUACACUGAUUUGAUAGUACUGAAAUACUGCCGAAUGAAUCAACGCCUUCAUGGGUAUUAGUUCUCCACCUUCGAGAUGAACGUCUGAAAAAAUGUAUCCAUGUACUAUCAUGACAAUGUAUAUGUUUAUGUUGUUUAUAUAUAAGAAAAUGGAAACUUCUAUCCACGCAGGCUACCUCUCCCCUUUUGCCCGUUCCGUGCGGCAGCACGUCCGCGUUUUGAUGCGUCACGGCAAAGACGCCCUCUUUCUCGAGGAUGAGAAGAAGCAAGAGCGAAUGAGGACUUUGCGGAAGGACAUCUUCGGCGAAGAGGAAGCGCUGAAGCGUGAAAAUGAGGCAGAGCAACAGCAUCCCAUUGGACCCCAGGAAGACCCGUCUUCCCUCAAGCGAAAGCGCGGCAACAGCUCGGGAAACUCGCCUCCAGGAGGCGGUACAACUGGUGGAGACCACACGACGGGAUCAAAACGCGCGAAGACCGGAGCAGCGGGAACGCAUUGGUGGCAGGAAGUGCCAGUUGGUCCUGUUGAUGAAGCCACCGGGGCUGCACUGGGCUGGUAGAAGAAGUGAAGAUGACUACUACACGAAGAUUCAUCUGACUGCAUCUGCAUUUUUAUGCCAGAAGAUCAACAUCAUGAAGAUGAUGAAAACGCAAAACGCGCGUCGGUCCUCCUCCCUCGCAGGGCCGACACUUUCAAAGAAACAGCCUUUCUGUGCUUACAACAGAAGAAAAGUCAACAUGGAUGAUGAAUCUAUUUUCAUGAUAAGCAUCAAGAGCAAAACAGUUGAAGACCCAUAGAUGAAACAGAAGGAAGAACUCAGGGUACAUGUGACAACGAAACUUCACAUGACAAUAAAGAAAAUUUUCAAAGCUAAUUGCGUGCGUAAACGAUUCAGUAGAUCUAGAUUCCGACUGAAUAUAUACGUCACUCCCUUGAUGAUCGUGACGUUUGAGACAGCAAGUUUAAGCCGG